GUGUUUUGGUUUAUUACUAAUAAACAGCAUAUUAUGUUGAAAAUAAUUUCCAUUAACACGAAAUAAUCGAGCGUAAGGAGAUCUAUAGAUAAGACAUCAAAUUAUUGGUAACAAAUUUAUUUAUUUAUUAAGUUUUAGGGCUCAGUGAAUUAAGUUGAUUUUUUAAACGUUUUCUAACAUGAUCCAACGCAAACAUUUUAUUUUAUUUUUCGGCGGCUUUUGUGCAUUGAUGUGGAUGUAUUACGAAAUUGAGUACUCUCUGGAGAAUGUAGACUUCAAAACACGAUUUACGGACUCCUCCAAGAAAGCGAGCCAAAUUAAGAUAAAUGUAAACAAUUUGAUAGGAAUGGAACCUAAUCAUACCAGACGUUACUUUGUAAAUAGUGGAAAGUGCAAGAUGCUCUAUGCGGAUCCCUUCUCGCCCGAGUCAAUGCAGAUCUAUAAGCCGGCUAAGCUAAAGGUCUGCACAAAACAAUCCGAUCUAUUUCACUUAAGCUUUGACCGCAACACAAAUCGCUAUUCUCUGCACGUUAAUGAGACGAUUUUGCUGCCUUUCGGGAAUGGGAUUCAGUGCAAUUAUAGCGGGAUAAGCCAACGAAAGAUACAUGCGACUGUGUACUUUGAGAAGCAACAUGAAUUGCCCCAAAAUAUCAACGGAGUCAUUGCGCAAUGUCAUGUUAAGCUGAACUCUUCACUCAUCCAAAUCAUACAACAAGAUGCAUUUCCCUUGCAUCAAGUAACUAAGGAAACGAGGCAAACGCAUAGAAAACAGCCGAAGCGACAGCCCAGUGUCAUAAUACUUGGUCUGGACAGCAUGUCGCGCAUGAAUUUCGAACGGACAAUGCCCUUGACGGCAAAGUUUGUCCGUCAAGAGGGCUGGUACCCUCUGUCCGGCUACAACAAGAUGGCGGACAAUACUUUCCCGAAUGUCUACACGGUGCUGUCCGGUGUGUCGAUGAUAGACGAGCACGCAUUUCGUUGGAAAAAGUAUCGAGAUGCUAGAAUGAUCUGGAGAGAUUACAUUCGCGCUGGCUAUGCCACAGCCGUAACCGAGGAUGUUAUAAGCAUUCCAUUAUUUCGCCAGAUAUAUAAAACGACGCCGAUGCCUUACAAUCUACGCUCAUUGCUGCUAAGCAUCGCUGAGACACUGAAAACCUACGUGAGUUUUGGCUAUGAUUACUGCAUCGGACGUCGGCUGGCCUUCUCAUAUGUCUACGACUUCUGUGUCCAGUUCAUCACACGCCAUAUGCUCGAGCUGAAUCAGCCCAUGUUCGGUUUCUUCUGGAGCUGCACAUUCACCCAUGACUCGUACAAUGUGGCCACCAGUCUGGAUCGUAUAUUCGUGGACUACUUGUAUUUAUUUGAGCAGCUGAAGCUGUUCGACAACUCGAUUGUCAUCCUAGUGAGCGAUCACGGUGCACGUUUCGGCAAACUCAUGGAUCUGUCCGAUAGUUUCCUCGAGGAACGUUUACCUUUGUUGCAUAUCUACCUGCCGCCCUGGUUCCGCAGCACCUAUCCGCAGUACGCUCAGGCCUUGGCAAUGAAUCACAAUCGCUUGUGCUCCAACUAUGAUUUGCAUAAUACGCUGCGACACCUGCUCCAGCUGAAUGCCACGACGCCAGCGAUGCUGCCCGCAGUGGCCAGUUGCCCGAGUAGUCAGUCGCUGUUGCACCCGUUGCCCGUGGAGCGCAGCUGUGAAGAUGCUUGCAUCGUCGAGCAUUGGUGCACUUGCAACGAGUUCGUGAAUGUAACCAUAGAAAAUAACAUGAGGCACUUGGCCGAGAUGAUUGUCACAAAUAUCAAUAUGUGGAUGCUGAAAAAUAGGUUCAGCAAGAAAUGCCAGCGUCUUGUCCUUACGGAUGUUGACAAGGUAGAAGUCAAGAAGUCCGAGAUGAUGCAGAAUAUUGUUACAUUGCGAAUUCUCUUUCGCACCUAUCCCAACGUUGGCAAAUUCCGAACGACACUGAAAUAUAAUGUCCAAUUGAAAAGAAUUGUGUAUUUGGAUGUGCCGGAAAUAAGUCGCAUUAAUUCGUAUAGAACCGAUGCGCCUUGUGAAUGGAAUACAAUAGCAAGAAAGUUUUGCUUUUGUUAUCCAAAUGCUUAUUCACAGUCAAAACGCAGCCAGAUCCGCCAUAUCUAAUUGACUUUAGGCUACCGUCUAACCCCAGUAUACAUUCCAAAUUUAAAAUCUCUUGCAGGACCGACGGACGGACAGACCAACAAAACUAAUAUAAUUAAUUUAAUGAAAGUACGGAUGAAUGCAGAUCUCAGUAGUUUCUCAAUCCAAACUCAUAAACAAUUCUGAGCAUCAACAAUGUCUUGGCUGCUCAGCAAUAAUGGCCUGCUCCUACUUGCCAGCUUAUUUGUCUGUGUCUAUAUAUAUUUCUAUUCCUUCGUUAGAUUCGAAUUAGCAAAAACCGAGCCAACCAUAAACCCUGAACAGUCCAUAUCACAAGAAGAAAAUUCCCAAAUUCCAAGUCAAAACAAAUUUAACGUUUUUGAUCAUGUGUGCAAAAUACCAAGAGUCGAUCCAUUCUCCCCUGAUGUCAUGGCCAUUUUUGAGCCUCCCAAGCCCAAGACCUGUACGGAUCAGCCCGGCCUAUUCACUGUGCGAUAUAAUAAACAGCAAAAACUA